GGAAGAGAAGAGGAAUUAAGCCAGAGAUGUCGGUGAAGGCCUGAAAUUAGACCUCUCCAGCCAGAAAGCAGUCGACAAGGACAGAAAAAGCCUUUAACAUGUGGGACUACUGAGGCACAACCAUUGCUGGCUGAUGAAGGUUUAAGAAGAAUGGCUGUUACCAAUGAAUUCUAUGAGAAGAUCAGUGAGGAGCACCUGAAGAACUUCUUCUUCAUUGGUCGAGGAUCUUUUGGGGACAUUUUCCGAGCUCGGCACAAAGAGUGGGGGACCGAUGUUGCAAUCAAGUUUCUGAACCGGAAUACUUCCUUCACUCGAGAGGAACUCUUGAAUGAAGCCCGUGCCAUGGACAAAGCCCGCUUCACCUACAUCCUACGACUCUUUGGCCUCUUCGUAGGCAAAAUACAGACAGAUGCUACCUUGAUGUCAGCCACAGUGCCCAGCUUGGGCUUGGUGAUGGAAUACAUGGAGAACGGCAACUUGUCCCACUUAAUGUGUCAGGUCCCCACCAUGCCUUGGGCCCUGCGUUUCCGCAUUCUGUAUGAGGUAGCCCUGGGGAUGAAUUUCUUGCACAAUCUCAGUCCUCCAUUGUUACAUCUGGAUCUUAAGCCUAGCAAUGUCUUACUUGAUGGGGAACUGCAUGUCCGGGUGUCGGAUUUUGGUUUAUCCAAGUUCAGGCGAGGAACUACUCAGCAAUAUAACCCCAGUUCUGGGGAAGAAAGCACCUGUGGUGGGACACUGGAGUUUAUGCCUCCUGAAUCCUUUUCUGAUUUCAAUUACAAGCCAGCCCGCAGCACGGAUGUCUACAGUUAUGGCAUCCUGAUGUGGUCAGUGUUAAGCAGUCAAGAGCCUUACCACAAUCUCCACCAUGCCAACAUGAGUUCCAUGAUCAAGAUGCAUAUCCCCCGAGGUCAAAGGCCACGGACGGAAGAUCUGGAGAAGCAAGUCGAUCAAGUGUUUAAGCUGGGAAACUUGAUUGAUCUUAUGAGAAGAUGUUGGUCUAAUGAGAAGGGCCAAAGGCCGAGCUUCUGGGACUGCAGCCAAGAAAUGGAAGACGUGCAUUGCUGUUACAAGUGGAAAAUCAGGCCUGCUGUUCGUGAAGUCCAAGAUAUUUUGAUGCAGAAAGAGAAUUCUUCUAUAACAGAAGCCAAGGUCCCUCCAGGUCUGAGUUCCAAGGGAGCCAGUAAUACCCCUUUGAGAUCCGAGGAAUACCGAGCAUUCUCUUCUACCUGUGGCUUGGAAGAACAUUUUAAAACUUUCCACCUAGAAGAAAUGUCACCUGUGCAAAAUGAAGCUAUACCACCAAAAGUCGUUUUAAGGAACAAGUCUUCUGGGACCCUACACCGAAGUAAAAGCAUGUGUAACAGGAAUAAAGCUGAAGGGACAGAGCAGGAAAACCCUCAUGUGUCAGAGGUCCAGACUCCACAAAGGACCACACUCAGAGGUAAUAAGCAACGGCCCCGUUCAGAUACAUUUGCUUCUCCAAUAUAUCCAAAUUAUCCUGCAUACCAUCAUUAUCCACCGCAAUUUUAUGGCUCCAACCAAGGUGAUAUUGGAUUUGCCAGGCAGAAUCAGUCAUUCCUGUGGCCUUCUACACCUGCAGUUUCCUAUGGUGGAGUUCAAAUCAGUGGCAACAGCAUCACAGGAGUUCAGAUCGGAGAUCAGAACCACAUGCAUCUUGAACAAGCUUCUAGGACAAGACAAAACAGUAACCAAUGAAUGCUGAUAGAAAAUAGACAAUUUCAUUCUUGUCCUUGGGAGCAUUCCAGCCAACUCCACUUGCCUUCUCUGUUGUCCCUGAUUUUUCUGUGCAAUCCCUAUAACUCAAUCUAAUCUAGCUAUUUUCUAGAAAGAUAGAAUCACAGAAUAGAAAGGGUGGAAGUGGCUUAGGAGACCGUCUAUUCCAGGUAUCUCUGAACUUGGCAACUUUAAGGCUGGUGGACUUCAACUGCCAGAGUUCCCCAGCUAGCUUGGCUGCAUCCUGCAUGGAUGGCCAUCCAGCGUCUCUUGAAACAUCUCCAAUGAAGGAGAGCUCACUGCCUCCCCACUGCCUGUUUUUAUUCUUGAACAGCUUUUGCUGCUAAGAAACAUCUCUUUUUGUCUAACAAAAUUCACUUCCUUUUAAUUUCAACCUGUUGUUUUUGGUCCUGCCCUUAGAACCACACUGAAUAAUCCUGUCCCUUCUUGUACAGGAUGACCAUUUGGAUACCUGAGGAGAGCUACUAUGUCUCUUCAUAGUUUUCUCGCUGAUCUUCCUAUGAAGGUGCAUGAUUAAUCCUCAGCUCUGAUGGGAAGCUGGAUUAAGUCAUGCACUCGAUUCCUCCCUUCCCAUCCUGACUGGUUGAAUUCAGACAUGGUGCUUUUUCUUUCUUUCUGACAAAUACUGGGAUGGACUGAUCUGAAUUUUUGGCAAUAAAUGUUUUCUUCCUGUAAUCACAAUUGAUUGGAGCCAUUUCAACAAUCUCUGUCAAUGGCAGGACCCAGGCUUCAAAGUGAAACAGGUGAAAGCUUAAACGAGAAAUAAUAACAAAUUUUGGGAAAGAAAGGAGCAUCAUCAAAACUUUCAGCGAUAAACUGAACUCCUUAACAGUUUAUGGCAACUUUUUUUCUGAAUAGAUCUCUAACAAAUUGCUGAAAAUAAAUGGCCACAGUUCUCGCUAUUUUGCAGAAAAUCAUUCUAUUCAAGAAAUGGGCGCUCAUUCUGGAUAUAUGCAAAGCAUGUGGGAUCCUCAGUGCUCUCUGAGCUUGGCUGUUUUCUUGUGGAUGUUUCAUUACCAAACUAUGUAACAUCAUCAGUCCAAAGCAAACUGGAUUUGUGUAUGUCUGUGUUACUCAGGUAGGCUUUCAGAAGAAUCAGCCUCGAAGUUGUGAGUUUUCAGAGAUUCUUCUCCAGUCAAAGGUUAUACUCAUAUUAAAUAUUUAAAAUGGCGGGUCCACUCACAUACUAUCUCAUUAAAGCGCCUGAUUAAACUUUUGCCAUGGAUGUUAAGAGAAUCAUGCAGUUGUUUUCUGCUGGUUAAUCACCGCAAUAAAAUUAUUUGAAUUUGAA